AUGGCCGCCUCCGUCAGCAAGCGGCUCUCCCUCGUCGAGCAGAAGAGGAUCCAGUGGGCCAAGGAGAGGGAGGAGCUGGCGGGUCUAUGCGCGCCCUGGGGACUGCCUGCUAAGGACACCGCGGAGAUCUUCCGCUCUUCCAUCAGGACGCACUUCGCGAGUGCCGCGGCAGCUGCCGACCACCUAAAGGCCAGACGACAGCAGCAGGAGGAGCAGCUGCAGCAUCAACAGCAACAGCUGCAGCAUCAACAGCAACAGCUGCUGCAGCAACAGCAGCUGUUGCAGCAGCAGCAGCAGCAGACGUCACCGGGAGCCGGCGCCGGCCUGCCGCCCAUACCCGGAGCACGCGCCGGGGACUCACAGGAGAGCCAGGCGGAGUGCAGCUGCCGUGAGGACGAGGGCGACACCUCGGGCUACGGCAGUGAGGCCAACGACUGCGCGCUGCACCCGCGCCUCCACCACCGCAGGCUGCAGCGCACUGCCUUCUGGGACGCCGCUGCGCGCAGGUCACCAUUAAAACCUCACGACAACCCCUCGUACGUGGUGGGCGGCGACACUCCAGGCUGGCUGGAGCGCGGCCUGCGGCGGCUGGGCUCGCAGCCGGACGCACAGGUGUUGGUGGUCAGCCACAGCGGCCGGGCCUCCAGCAGCGGACCCUCCUCCCCGUCUGGCUGCGCCUCCAUCGACAGGACGUACAUCCGCGGCCAGAACGUUCCCAUCUCACCGGAGGAGCUGCUGGAGCGGGAGACCAAGAGGCAGAAGGCUCUGGAACACCAAAAGGCCAUCAGGGAGCAGUUGGAAGAGCGGGAGAGGCGGCGAAAAGAAGAACGCGAACGGCGCAUGCGCGAGGAGCAGAUGGAGGAGGCCAGGCUGCGAAGAGACAGGGAGCUGGAGGCCCAGCGGCUACGGGAGGAGCAGCGGCGGCGGAAGGACAAGGAGGUGAGUCACGGAGUUGCCUAG